AUGGCAGAUCAAGCGGACAAGCCUGACACAAAGCAACCUGACCAUCAGCCCGACAACAUUGAAGUUUGCAAGUAUGGUGACAAGAAUUUAGACGCCCCUGCCUACGCUAAUGUUCUCAAAGAAGCUAAGGCAAAGCAGCGCGCGUCGUGGUGGGUUCGUUUCAACGUCCUGCUGACAACUGGCGCUGUGUGGCUCCAAUGCGUCCGCUGCAACAAGAUCCUUAGCGCUAAGAAUCCGUCACAAGUUUGCUCUCAGCACGUCAGAGCAUGCUAUAAGAAGCUGAUGGAGGCGGCUGCAGGAGGCUCCAGAAUGCCUCCCUCGCCCAGCCCGCAGCCUGGGCCUUCCACCACCCCCUCCGCCGCUCCCCCUGCUGCUCCCUCCAACGAUCCGUCCGCCGGCCUGUCCGCUGGCCCCUCCGCUCCUCCCGGCCCCUUUGCCGGCCCCGCCGCCGACCCCUCCACCGCCACCCCUUCCACUCCCCUCGAUGCCUCUGUCAAGAAGCGCCCUCGCACCGACGGUUCAGACGUUCGCAGCUUCUACCCCUCUUCUGUUGCCAUCGCUCGGUUCCUCUGGAAUCUUGCUCUUUUUUCCUUCAAGUGCAACAUAGCUCUCUCAUAG